CCCCUUUCUGCACUCUGCUCCAAUUUGCCCACGAGGCCGCGCACGCACACUGGGGGCCCGGCACUACGCAAUGGAAAGGCGGCGCGCCCGACUUAAAGGAGCGGGUUGUCCUGAGCCGUGUUGAUGUGUCGCAGAUUUUAAAACGUGAGGCAGGCAGCUAGAGUUUGGAGGGAGGGAAGCGCGGAGCAGCAGCCUUUCAACGCAAGUGUUCACAGCUGGGGCAAACGGACGCGCUUGGACUUCGAGGCUUUUAAAAACAACAUUUCCCUCCCGUCCUCUAAGCCGAGGCUAUUUUUAUUUUUUAUUUCAUCACUUCGGCGACAGCAGCAGAGACACAGUUUGAGUCUUGUUUUGGAGCGUGUGGAGCAGCACGCGGCGAUGGAGCUGUCAUCAGUGGGAGACCAAGUGUUUGCUGUGGAGUCAAUAAUAAAGAAGAGAGUGAGAAAGGGUAAUGUGGAGUAUCUACUGAAAUGGCAGGGAUGGUCCCCAAAGUACAGUACUUGGGAACCAGAGGAGAAUAUUUUGGACCCGCGCCUGGUCCUGGCCUACGAAGAGAAUCAGGAGAAGAUCAGAGCUCUGGCCUAUCGCAGGAAAGGUCUCAGACCCAGGAGGCUCGUCCUGCGGAAUAUCUUUGCCAUGGACCUCCGCAGCGCCAACAAGGUCUUAGAGAAGCCCCCCCCUCGACUGCGUCUCUCCCUCACCCGCUCCAUGAGUACAGAUGUGGACACAGGCGAGCGGGGCAGCCUUUACCAACGCCUAGCCAGGAGGAAGAUUAAGCACAGGGUGUCCAAACGAGGGCUGGAGGGACCCUCAAACAAAACCAUCCUUCCACUGAGGAAGACAGAGGAGCCCAUUGAGGAGGACUGGUGCGGCACCAGUGAAGAGGAGAAGCAGGAAUCUGAAGGCACCACCGAGGAGAUACACGAAGACAGUUUAUACGGGGAGUCAGAGUGCAGGUCCCCACCCUUGCUGGAGCGACAGGACUUGGUGAUGGAGAUGGUGGAGAAGGCGGAUGCCGACCUGACAGCGGUAGGUGCACAGACAUGGGGAGACAUGCCACCUGAAACGAGACCGAACCAAACGUUUGCGCGCGACCAAUCAAAAGACAGUUGCUCGGUGCCUGAGGCCGUAACGGAAGACAAGGUUUCCGUGGGCGACAGGUCAGAUUGGGACGAGGAGGGCGUGGAGUCAGGGUCGGAGUGUCCCAGAUUAGAGAGCGACAGCACGGCCUCUGUGAUAGUGAGCGCUAAGAGCAGUGAGGCGGCAGGUGACUGCGCCACCACCGAGGAGACGAAGGAGGAAGCGAGUGGCGACAAUCAGAGUGUUACUACAACGACGACGACGGCGCCAGGCAGCCAGGGUGCUCCCGCUGCAGUAGAACAUCCCGAGAAGGUGAUUUCUACAGAGGUGACUAUCAACUGUCUGACAGUGACUUUUAAAGAAGCCUCGGUGGCUGAAGGCUUCUUUAAGGACUAUUAAACGAGAGCUCAAAAUAACUAGACUUGCCACUCAUUUUGUACAUGUAAAUAGUUGCGUAUGUCCAGUAAUUCCUCAUGUUUACAAAGCUACACUCAUUUCCUACUGAGUUCAAUGAAGACAUUGUUGCCUUUUGAAUAGAACAAAAUGAGUGGUAAUUUUAUCAUUGGGGCUCCUCUAUUAGACGUGAUAGGAAGCCCGAGGUCCCCAAAAAAAUUUCCUCAAAUCAUCCAUUGCAAUCCAGCAGACUAAAUGGAUCUCAGUGGCGGGUUUCGUUCCCGGGGUCACUUGAUUCACUGAGAGCAGGAGACAAAUGCUGAGACAGCAAACGUAACACUCCACAUUACUACUUCCAUGCAGCUACUUUCUCCAGAGGUCCUCAGUGCUUUCCAGCCAGAGAUUGGUCACACACUCAAAUCUGUUCUCGGGGGGCCCGUUUCAGUUGCUCCUCUUUCUUACGAAUAAUGUUUUGUAAAGAUGUUUCAGUAUUUGCACAGAGAUAACUGCAUGCCCUGUCAGUCUAUGCCACACAUGCACAAAGCCCUGUCCUGUAGUUUGUUGAAGAGGUUUAUUUCUGUCACAAAAGAAAUAAAACAAAGAGAAAGAAUUAAUGCCUUCUGCUUAGAUGAAGUUCUGCAUUUAGAGGAGGCCGGAUGCACAAAAAGAAAUACACAGUUGUGUUUGCCGUCUGUCUGUCCUUUUAUUUUUCAAGUAUGAAAUGCUACCUGGUUCUAUUUUUGUAUUACCAAUUGAUAGUCUGCUCUUUUCACUAGCCUUUGUGCAUUUCAAAAGAGGAUAUCAGUUUACACUGCUGCCGUUCUGCUGUGUACAAAUGGAAGCAAAUGUAUGUUAGGUCAAACUGUAGUGAGCUAUUAUUUAUUGCAUGUCACAUGUAUAAGCUAAACUAACUUAUGUCACUUAUAUGUGUCUUUCUCUGACAAAGAUUAACUGUCAAACAUGUCUUCUCUCUAAAAAUAGUUUUUUAUUUUGACCAAUAAAUAUGUACUAAAAUUAC